UGCACAAGGUUGUGUGUAAUCAGAGAUAGCACGGAGGUUUAUUGUACUGGGUCAUAACUGUAAUAUGAGAACAUUUCACUUCUGAGAAAAUCUCUGCUUUUUUUCUUAGGAUCAGAUAAAAUAAGUUGUAUUUAAAUGUAGUCACUUUCAGACGCAGGUGACAAUUCGGGAGCUGUGUGCUCCGGACAAAGAAAGAAGGGCCCUUGUCACCAGGUGUGAACCUAGCAGGAGAGUUGCACAUUUGUAACUUCCUCACAUAAACAUAAGACCCCCCCCUCAUCAGGCAUCUCUCAGCAGUGUAACUCUGAAUGUAAGAAGGCGGCAGGAGUUUCAUUAUGAAGCGUUGCUCAGUUUCUGACUUUAGAACCCUCGCUGGGGUCGGUGUGUUCUUGGCUGUUUGUGUCACCAUUGCUGUGCUCUGUCUGACCCUGGGACGGACCCCUAACCAAGGCUCCGUCUCUUUCCACACUGGGAGUGACAUGCUGGAUUAUCUAAUGAGCCAAAAGAGAAUUGAUGCCAAAGACGGACUCCUAGUGAGCUGGUACCAUGGUGCCAACAGCAUAAGUCAGAUGAAUGAAGCACUAAACAGUGGCAUUAUGAUCCUAGAAGCAGAUGUCAAUGUGGAGGGACAUCGAACCCCCAAUCAGACAGAUUUACCAAUAAUGGCCCAUCCCCCCGAUGUUUAUAGCGAUAACACCCUACAGAACUGGAUCAACACUGUUGUAGAUUCUACAAAAGGUAUCAAGCUAGAUUUUAAAAGCAUCGAGGCUGUUGGUCCAUCUCUAGAUAUAUUACGUGCUAAGUGCUCCAAAGCUCCCAUCAACCGUCCUGUAUGGGUAAAUGCCGACAUCUUGAAUGGUCCCAACGUGUUCCUCAAUGCUGCAGUCAAUGCCAGUCGGUUCCUCCAGCUGGUCCAAGAAAAGUUCCCGGAUGUCACCAUUUCCCCUGGCUGGGUGACACUGUAUCUGCCACCUGUGAUCUCAAACAAGACAUACACAUGGGAAAUGAUCCAGCAGAUGUACAGUCUAAUCAAGGAUCUGCCGCAGAGAAUCACAUUCCCAGCUCGGGUACCUCUUACCUGGUCAGCCUGGCCCUAUUUUUACUGGCUUAUGCAGCGUUCUGACAGGUAUAGCCUUACACUAUGGCAGGGGAAGUCAGACCCGGUCACACUGAAGGAUCUGCUCUGCAUUCGAGAUAGCUCAUCACCUGAGAAGAUUUAUUAUGAUAUCUAUGAGCCUCUGCUGUCUGAGUUCAAGGAAGCUGUGUUGGGUGAAAACAGAAAGAGGUGCUUUUAUUCCGGGGGAAGUUUGCUGAAGUAUUUCCAUCCAGAGGAUGAAGAUGGACUUCUAGUGAAAUGGUACGAGGCCAAAGGCAACCUCUCUUCUGUGCUGCGUCUCCUGCGUGAGAGCUCUGGCAUGGUAACGCUCCACAUUGAGUUACAGAAAAUCAGUUCCAUCUCGGUUCCUGUGCUCAGCCUGGCAAACUCCCCAACUGUGCUCACAUUAGAGGAUUGUCUUGAGGAAAUCAUUUCCGGCCCUAAUACUUGGGGGAUUUUGCUAAAGAUAAAUGAUCAGGUGACUCUGAAUUGGACACUGACCAUACUCCGAAAGCUUCAUGACCAAAGCCCUUUGUUGUUCCCCAUCUGGAUCAGUAUGGACGUCUCUCAUGGGAGUUUCAGCACUCCAGGUUACAUUGAGGGCAAGGAAUUUAUCCGCACCAUCAAUGACAUUUUUCCUUAUGUUACAGUUGCCCCUGGAUGGCCAGUGGAAGCUCUUAGCCUGGGGUACACUGAGCUGCUUGUGCAGGACAUGCUCUCUCUAUGUGGGGGGAUAUGGCAGGACGUUUCCUUCCAGCUGAGUGCUGUAGCCUUAGGGACGUCAUGGCUGAACUCUGUGACGCUCCUGGAGGCCUCACCUUCAUUCUCUAUCACCGUGGAGCACAGUCCUGAGCAAGGCACCUUUAUGGAUGGCUAUAAAGGACUAAUGGCAAUCCGAUCUCACACAGAAAAUAGAGUCUACUAUAAACUACCACAAGACUACAGUGAAUUACUGCUAGAGAACAUAUUCACAUCAUAAUCAGAAUGGGAAUUAGUUACAUAUCUCAGGGGCAGCAGUGACAUUCCCACUGGGCUCAUUUCAGUACCUCCAUGUUGUAGCUGCAUAGGAGAAAUGACAGGACAAUUACACUGCUUGUGCCAAUCUAAUAUUAAAUAUUUAGACAGACAGCCUUAUCAAAACUGACCUGAACAUUGGGUUUAUUUAAAUAAGGGGCUCCAGCAACAGGCUUCUACUUGCAGAUGUGCCCCAUUUAAUAUAGUUUCUACCUCUGGUAAUUCCCUCGCCUCCCACAGUUUUCUACAGCACCUCCCUGUCUCUUAAGUGUCUCUGAAGAUUGUUCAUCCACCAUGGGAUUAGCUCAUCCCAGUGCUGCUAUCGCCAGGGUCAAUAUCUGCCCUCACGUUACCCUUCAACCUCAUCCUGUAUUUUGCUUUGUUUUAAAUAACCUUUUGGACUCUUAGUAGUUAAACAUUAAAUUUCAGACAUAUUCUGUCACACAUGUAUUUUAUUCCCAGCAGGCUUUGCAACAUGUAACCUCAUUGAUGUAAAAAAAACAAAACACUACCCAGAAUGAAAAGUUUAUUUUAUUGACAGUUUCACAAUGUUUAUUACAAAUAAUAUAAUGAUGCUGGUGACACUAUUGUGUUAAACUCUCACAAUUUCCUUCUAAAACACUGUAUUAAAGUUAUACAAACAGUUAUUUUAUGAACAGUCAAAAAUGAAAACUUUAUUGCAACAUGUUGUGCGCAUUUAAUUUGUAAACAGUUUUUUUCCAAUACACACACAAUACGCAUUUAUUGGCAGAUCCUAUGUUUGUAAAUGACACAUUUGUGGAAAUCAGAUAUACACAUGUAUGUUUUAUAUAAAGAACAUUUGUUAAAAACAA